AUGUAUCCAACUAGUACACAAAAACAACAUUGGACAUUCUCCAAUCCUGAUGAAAUUCAAGAAUUGAGGACCAGAGCAAAUCAAGCUUACAGAGACAAACUGAGGCCUUUUUUACAGAAACCGGAAGAUGAAGAUCACCUGCUGGGUGUUCAAGAUGAAAACAGACUUUUGAAGAUAGUUCAGGAGACUGGAGUUAGGUUUGGCGACGAGUUUGUACCUAAAAUGUGGCCGGCUGUCAGAUGGACAGCUUUCGCUUUCUUCAAAAGGUUUUAUUUGAGACAUUCAGCUAUGGAAUACUCCCCGAAGAACAUCAUGAUGGCUUCCUAUUAUUUGGCGACCAAAGUAGACGAGUUCAAUAUUACGGUCCACGAUUUUAUAGCCAAUUUACAGUAAGUUUCUUUCAUGGUUUAUAUGUUUCUUGUUUUAGUUCCGGAACUCCAGAACAGAAUGCAGAAUGUGUGCUUCAUUGGGAGCCGAUAAUAAUGUUUAAAUUGGAUUAUCAGUUGACUAUUCAUUGCCCCUUCAGGUCAUUUGAGGGUCAUCUGAUUGAAAUGAAGACACACGGCAUGCUGGGUUUUGAUUUGGAAGGUAUCAGGGAAUAUUCAGAUGCCUUUUUCAAGGUAAAGAAAAAUUAUCGAAGAAAAUGAUAUUGUUAUUAUUUAGCAAUGUUUACUAAGCGACGUUAUGUUACUAUACACACCAACACAUAUUGCAUUGGCAGCUUUAAUGUACGGCUUGAACAAAAUGGGUAAGUAUUUGUUAAACAUGUUUUUUGUCAUAGAAAACCACAUAGCAAACAUAAUAUUACUCUUACUUUUAAUAACUUUUAAACUAAAUUAGAAUGUUUUAAUCAAUUUCAGAUAGACUUCCCUUUAUUAAAUUUCAUAUUUAGGUAAAAUGGAGGACAUUUUCCGAGAUUACAUCCACCGGUUAUGUCAAGUUGACGCUUGGACAUCGAAUACUGGGAAUGCCAUUCUCGCGGACAAGUUGAUGGUGUUGGUUGAGGAAAUAAUUCAAUUGGUGGUACGACAGACCGUGCCAAUACCACCUGAAGAACGAGGGAUAUUUCAAAAGGUAGGGAGCUGUUUUAAUUUAAGUUAUGAUAAUUAAAGUAAUAGUUUCUACUUUUGCCAAAACUAAUUUUGCUUACAUUUCUUUGUUUGUUUCUACAAAAAUCUUUAGUUUUAAAUUUUUAAAGGUAUUUUAUAUGAUACGAAUAGGUGGAAGUAGAUUAAGUGUGAAUUUUACUUUUGUUUGAUGAACAACUAAAAACGUCUUCAAUAGCAGUGCUAUAGCUAUUGGAAUGUCUUUCUCAUGACGAGGUCUCAAUACAUAACUAAAUCAUUUUGUUUUCAAAAACCCAUUUCCUCGAGCGUCGUAAUUAUAUUAUUAUUUAUACUAUUUCUUGAUUCAUUACGUGUUUUGAUGAGUCAUUAAUAUAGUAGUCCAUUUUAUGGCCAGCCUUUUCAAAACUUUAACCACAAAUAAUUCAGGAGAAGAUUCCGACGUUCAGCCGAAUUCAUAAUGAAUGUGAUGAGAGGAUGAAAGCCAUCGGGAAUGGGGCCGCGGCAACUGACGCCGGAGAAGUUGAAUCAGACGAUGACUAA